CAUCGGAUGACACAGGCGUUAGCAUUUAGCAUUUAGCAUUAGUGAAGCUCGUCAGUGUGCUCGCUACAAGACAUCAAACAUGUUGAAAGAGCUGGUGAAAGAGCGACUAAUGGCGGCAGCUGACGAAAUAUUCGCGCUGUUUGAAAGCACGAUAACGUCGUACGAAGAGGAACUUUCUCGAACGAGAGAGGAGAAGGAGCGACAUCGACAACAACUGGAAGCUGCUCGCAAAACUCAAAUUGUGCUACACGUUGAAGACGUCCGGCAGCUCCGUCACGAAGAAUGUCCCUUUACGCCACAGGACGGAAGCUCCACUUUGAAGCAGGAGUAUCCACAGCCCCCCCACCUUAAAGACGGUAUCAGUCAGUCAGGAGAAGAGUGUUUUCUCGGGCGGCAGGAGGCUGAUCUCACCAAUUUACCUCUGACUGGUUUCUCUGUGAAUACUGUAGACCAUGAAGACAAACCACAAGUUGACCACCUCUUGGCUCCUCUAUCAGAUAGUGACGACAUAACGUCACACUCUGCUGAGGAUGAAAACGAGGACUACACCCAAGAACCUUUGAGCAGCGAUACAGACUGUGAGGGUGAUAUGAGGACUCACACUGACAACCAACACCCUGAAUGCUCUGAAACGAAGACAUGUAAAAAAGAUGUUACCUGCUCGUUUAGUGCUGAAAUGUUUUGUAAAAAAAGUAGUUAUGAUGAACAUGUGAGAACACACACGCAAGAAAAACCUUUCAAAUGUUCAGUUUGUGGCAAUACAUUUUCUCUGAGGCACAACUUGAAACUACACAUGAGAACACACACAGGAGAAAAACCUUAUAUUUGCUCAUUUUGCUGUAAAACGUUUUCCCAGAAAUCCAAUUUGACUGUACACAUGAGAACACACACACAAGAAAAACCUUUCAAAUGCUCAGUUUGCUGCAAUCGAUUUUCUCAGAAGGCAACUUUGACUUUGCACAUGAGAACACACACAGGAGAAAAACCUUUCAAAUGUUCAAUUUGCGGCGAUACAUUUUCUCAGAGGGGCAGCCUGAAACAACACAUAAGAACGCACACGGGAGAAAAACCUUUCAUUUGCCCAUUUUGCUGUAAAACGUUUUCUCAGAAAGCCACUUUGACUGCACACAUGAGAACACACACUGGUGAAAAACCUUUUCAAUGUUCAUUUUGUGGAGCUACAUUUACUCAGAGGGCCAACCUGAUAUUUCACAUGAGAAAACACACGGGAUAAAAACAUUUCAGUUGUCCACUUUGUGAUGAAGGUUAUUCUGAAAAGCAAAGUUUGACAGCACACACUUCGGCACACAACAGAGAAUAAAUGUUUUCCUGUCCAGUUUGUGCUCAAAGAUAGUCAAAUUGUAGAAGUGCAAUGUUUUGCAUGAAAAAUAGCAGUAGUAGAAGUAGUUAUAGUUUUUUUUUUACCUUGAUAUUCAUUGGGAUUUUCAUAUUAUACAUAGACUUGAUGGGGAAAACUAUAUAGGUAUCUCAACUAAAAAAAAAAGUAGUAUAAUUACAUUUUGUUUAUAAUUGAGUAAAACAUUUAAAAAAAACUAUUAACAAUCAUAGAUAAACGUAACAAAACAUGCUUGUGGGAUCAAUAAUAUUUUUCUUUCCAUUAGUUUCUUUACCAAAUAUAAGUAUUGUGAUUUUUUUCUUCGAAAUAAAUGAUCCACUUCAACCAUCUUUUCUUGACCAGAUCUUCCACAGUAUGUAGUAUAUGAGUCAUGUUUGUGUUUGGAUCAUUUCAGUGUUGAUUAUCUCACCUCGGUCUCUUGCCACCCCAGACAAACCUGGAAAUAAGCCUAUCCCAGGCUGUUAAUAAUUGUUUAUUUCUGUCAUUUAUACGUCACUUAGAUAGUGAUGAUCUGUUGUGUGUAUGAUACCAGAUUCUCUCAUGAGUUCCAGGUUAGUGUGCCACUAAGAACAGCAGCUACAUUAUUUUAGAUCGACACUGAAGCAAAUAAACAAUGUUGACUAACAUGUUUAGACAGUCUGAUGGAUGGGUUUUUCCCUCACAUCAAAAGUGUGCUUGGUAGAUUUUUUGUCAUAAUGAUGGCACCAACAUGUGCUUCAUCGGUUCAUUCUUUCUUUAAAGAGCAUUUAUUAUGCUAUGUCUUCAUGUUUCCUUAUUAGCCGCAUGGAAGACUCUCUCUGUUAUUUCUGCCUGCCACUGAUGUGUGUUUGUAUGAUGUCUAAUACAUUAAAAUCAUUUUGUUGUAUUAAAUUUAUACUGUCGAAAUUACAACAACAUUGUACUCGUAUUGUGUUGAAAUACUAGAGCGAAACACGACAGUUUCUUGGUAAAGACACCAUUCUGUAAUAUAUCUGAUACAACAGCUGUAAAAUACUGUACCAAAGUUUAGUCUUUUUCUGGCUGAAACAUGGGAAUAUGAUUCAAAUGUGCUUCCCCAGCUCUUGGACUGAGCAGUCUUCAAUGCCGCCACAACAUUGGCUGAAUGAGGCGCCUCGGUUUCCUUGGACGCAUCCACUGGCCAAGAGUUGGUGGGCGGCCGAGGGUGGAGUCGGUCGGCUCUCUUGGUUGCUUUGUUGGGUCUGCUCCUGUCUCUGGCCAUGCUCCCCCCCACCCCACCCCAGUAGACGAUGGCGUGGAACACCGCAGAGGCCACCACAGUGUGUGUGGGUGUUGAAAUUAUCUUUUUGUUUGGUUGCUUGUCUGUGCAAGGUGCAUAGACAAGCGUGUACCUGUUUCUCACCUUUUUUGUAAGGGGUGCCGGAAGUUGGCAGACCCGUCAGCGAUCCUGUUCUGUCUCCCUGGUAAUGCGUCCCUGGUUCAAUACCCACCUAGUACCAACCUCGUCAUGUCCGUUGUGUCCUGAGCAAGACACUUCACCCUUGCUCCUGAUGGGUGCUGGUUAGCGCCCGCCUUGCAUGGCAGCUCCCUCCAUCAGUGUGUGAAUGUGUGUGUGAAUGGGUAAAUGUGGAAGUAGUGUCAAAGCGCUUUGAGUACCUUGAAGGUAGAAAAGCGCUAUACAAGUACAACCCAUUUAUCAUUUAUUUAUUUAUUUAUCUGCUCUUGAAUGGGACUGUGCUGAAAUGUUCUAUUUCCACUCGGAGAUUAAUAAAGUACAUCUGAUUCUGAUGAUUUUGAAGAUGGAUAUUUGGAUAUUUCUCAAACCACGCGUAAACCUUUUUGUGUGUCUGUAUGCGGAGUAAAACUAUGGAACAAACUGGAUUUACAGCACACGCAAUGCCAAACUAUUCAUCGAUUUAAACUAUUAUACAAACAUCGGGUCUGGUUCAAAUAUAGAGAUGAGGGUCUUUAAUUUGACCUGCUGUUGUACUCUGUUUCAAAGUGUUAACAUGUGCUCAGUGUUUCCUUACCAUUGUUCCUAUGUUGUCUAUUACCAUUUUUGGUAUAUUAAUUCUUCCUACAUUGUUGAUACAAAUUAUUGAUACAGUGUAAUAAUUAUUGUUACCUGUGGUAAUGCCACUAUGAUACACCAUUUGUAUAAUCCUUAAACAAAAUAACAGUGAAACUCAAUGUAUUAAUCACUGAAUUGAGAACUGGGGGUAGGAUUAAAUAAAUGAUCUUCUUCCCACUCCCUUUCAGGCAA